UUCCACAUCCACUAUGCUUUUAAAAACGCAUAAGUACUUGUGAACAACUGAAUUCAUAAUUUUUCCUCUUGUUGAUAUAGGAGGAGACUUUUGCUUGAUCAGUGGGAGGAUUUAAUAUGACUUACACUUCUUUAAUAUGCUUUUUUCUGAUCAGUUACUUAGUUCAGGCAAUGGGCAGAAAUGAUUCAACUUGUCCAAAGUCCUUUUCAUGUGGAAAUCUUAUUGGCCUGAGCUUUCCUUACUCUCUUUCCACACAACCUGACUGUGGAAUAAUGUUCUUAUCUGGUUGUGAUGCUAAAACAUUUCCGAAAAUCCGAUUGCUUCCUGAAGGAGAUUCGUACUAUGCUGUAGUAAAUAUGUUUAAUUAUACAGUUUGGGUUGAGGACCCUAAGCUUCAUGCCAAGUUGAGGCAACAGAAGUGCCAAACUUUUAACGAAAAGUUAUCCUUACCAUACUCUCCUUCUAUUUCUUUUGAAAUUCUCCCAGUGAAUAUUCUCAACUUCUUCAAAUGCAACAGCACUAGUAGUAGCACCCCAAACAUUACCCAGAAGAUGAAAGAUCAUUUUGCUGGUUAUAGAAUGUACAAUGGCUGUAAAGACUUUAGCAUAUACUACAAGCUUCAUGGAGGCGAUGAUGAAGACGCGCGAGCAGACAAUCUUCCUGCAAACUGUUCACUUAUCAGACUGCCGAUCCGCUGGAGAUCAGAUAAUGGUAGUGUGUUCAAUAUGUUAAGCGCCGCUUUUUUUGUAGAAUGGAAGAUCUCUGAGGACUGUAACAAAUGUCACUUUGGUGGAGGUCAAUGCCAGACUGAUAUAACCAACAAAUUUCAUUGUACAUAUCCAAAUAAUCCACAUGAUCAAGGUCAUCAAGAAAUUCUCUCACUUGAAAAAGUUCAGUCACUUAGUGCAUACUUCUUAGUGUCCUUUCUUCUCUUCAUAUCACAUAUGUAUAAUAUUUCAUAGUGUUUUUCCUCUCUUUUUAGAU